AUGCACUGCUCUUCUUCUUCUGCUCUAUGGCUGGCCGGCAUUGCUGGCCUCGCUGUUCUUAGCGAUGCCUCUCCGCUCGAGAAGCGUUACACUUCCNCCACCGCACCAUUCGAUGGAUGUCUCUAUCAAGUGCCCAAAGUUGGAGGCUUCAGCUCUCACAUUUCCGUCACUAACUGGAAGACGCUUCCCUCUACCCUCAAGGCAACAGACCGCAAUGGUGGCCCAUAUGGUGUAUACUGGAAGCCUUCUCUUGUCGGCGUGGAUGCCAACGACGGUAGUCUCACUCUGACCGUACCCGGAGGUCAGCAAUACUGCACCGAGGCCAAUCCCUGUGGAAGUGCUCAAAUCACCACCUCCGCCAACGAUGUCAUGUACGGAAGCGUGCGCACUGUAGCAAAGACCCCCAACGUCUGGGGUACAGUCAGCGGCUUCUUCUUCUACAGCGACGACAACAACGAGUCGGAUAUCGAGAUCCAGACCGGAGAUCCCACACACGUCCACUUUACGAACCAAGAUUGGUAUGGCUCGAAUGCGCUGUCCAACGCUAGCACUGUGGCCAAUGCGUCUGCUGCUUACCACGAGUAUCGCGUCGAUUGGGUGCCCGGAAGGACCGACUACUAUGUCGAUGGAAAGCUCUUGCAGACCUUCACCAAGUUUGUGCCCCGGACAGCUGGAGCAUGGAUGUGGAACUCGUGGACGUGA